CGUCCAAGAGAAGCCUUUAAGCGGAAUCAGGAAAAUGACGACGUGGCAGAUAUUCUCUGAGGCCGGAAACGAUUUCCGGUGGGAGGUUUCCGGUCGUAUCCUCCCGUCUAAACCGGACGAUGAGCCGAACCGCGCUCCGGUUCCUCCACUCCCUUCCAGGGCCGAUCUCCUGCUUCAAGGAUGCUCGAAGCUUAUUGAGAACGGAGAUGCAGGAGUCGGGAAAUGUCCGAUGUUUAGAACCGGAUUAGGUAAAUCGGUGGCUUUGAAAGAGUCUUCCAUUGCAAAAGCAUUGUCUAUUCUUGGCGACGAUGACGGUGACACUACUGUUUCUGCAAGCGAAGUGGUUCCUAGAAACAAUGGAUUCGGCUGCUCUAACUCUCUUUUUCAAACGGGCUCUGGGAAAAUGGUUAACAUAUCUUCAGCUGGUUUGGUCAGAGCUAAGACAUUGUUGGGACCGGAACAAGAUAAUGAACAUCACAGUUUUGAAGGUUUUCAACAUCCAAAGAAGUUACCUGCAACUAAUGAGCCUUGUUGGUGGCAAAGUUUUUCUCAUUCAGAGAAAAAAGAAGGUUUACGAAAUACUGGGGUUGCGGAUAUUUUUGCAGAAUCAAGGCAAUUGUUAAACUCUAGGAAUGGUUCACUAGUAAGUACAGUAGGCAGUGAAAAUGACUCAACGCCCGUGCAUUCCAAAGAGUUUGAUUCAGCUCCCAAGCCACCUCCAAUCAAGUUUCAUACUGCUGGUGGAAGGUCGUUAUCAGUUUCAAGUGAUGCAUUGAAACGUGCAAGGAGUCUUCUUGGUGAUCCAGAGCUAGGGAAUUUCUUUGGUGAAGUGGAAGAAGAGGUUUCACCGUUUACGGUUCCAAAGGAAAAGUUUAAUGAUGCUUCAUCAAACAAGGAAAACCAUUUUUUCACUUCCUUUUCCCUUCAAGGAACAAUAAAGAGUAAAGACACAUCCAAGGAUUUUAUAUCUCCACUGAAAGCAUCUUUCAAGCAAAUGAGGCCCAUAUUUAAUUCAGAAAAAAUAUGUUGUGGGACUAACUUGAUUGACAAAUUUGAUGCAGUUGGAAAUUCUAGUGCAUGUGUGUCGACCACCAAUAUGCCUUCUGCUCAGAAGUCUUUAAACAAUAGUACUUCUGAGAAAAAUUUGGUAACUAACAUUUCGUUGCCAAGGCUUGGAAAGUCAUUUGGCGGCCCAUUGGUUGAUAUUUCAAAUAACUUUGUCACAUCUCAAACAAAUAACAAACGGCUGAUGACUGAAAAGAAGCGAAUUGGAAGAUCAAGUUUUAUUUCUCCGUACAAGAGACCCCGCUGUUCUGAAUUCUCUGCUCCAUUGAAUAAAGAUGUUUCCUUUGUAGGUAAUGCUUUAUCUACUUCAUCAGAUGAUCAUUCAUAUUGCAAAAGAACAAUUUCCACUAAAUAUCCAUUUCAAGUGCCAAGAGUAUAUAUGAAGGAAUAUUUUGCAGUGCCUCCAUCAGCCUGCAGCAUGUUGGAGUGUUUGUCAGACCAAGAGAAACAGAUCAAACCAGAAAAUGCAGUUAAGUAUAUGUUUAAAGAUGAAUCUGGCUUACGUAGCAUUGGGGCAGAAGCUUUUUAUGACAUGUUGGCUCAUUCUGGAGCUUCUGUGCAAUACAUUUCUAAAGAGUGGGUUGCAAAUCACUAUAAGUGGAUUGUUUGGAAACUUGUGUGUUAUGAGAGGCGCUAUCCUUCCAAAUGUGCUGGAAAAUUUUUGACCAUCUCCAAUGUACUCGAGGAACUAAAGUACAGAUACGAUAGGGAAGUAAAUCAUGCACACCGUUCUGCAAUAAAAAGAAUUCUUGAAGGGGAUGCUUCGCCUUCUACAAUGUUGGUACUAUGCAUUUCAAAUAUUCAGUCAAAUUCUGAACCAAAGAUGGAGACAAAUCUAGUGAUUACAAAUGGAGCUGAUAAUAGCGGUAAUGCAAAAGUGGAACUAACAGAUGGGUGGUAUUCAAUGGAUGCUGUUUUGGAUGUAUUGCUAUCAAAGCAGCUUGCUGCUGGAAAAUUAUUUGUGGGACAGAAACUUCGGAUCUGGGGAGCAGGAUUGUGUGGCUGGGUUGGGCCUGUUUCACCCCUUGAGGCAUCAAGUGCAAUAAGUUUACUUUUGAACAUAAAUGGAACAUUUAGAGCUCAUUGGGCUGAUCGACUGGGAUUUUGCAAGGGUGUUGGUAUUCCUUUGGCAUUUAGGUGCAUCAAGAGUGAUGGGGGUCCAGUGCCUUGGACUUUAGUUGGAGUCACUCGGAUAUACCCUGUUCUCUACAGGGAGAGGUUGAGUAAUGGGGGGUCAAUUGUCAGAUCCGAGAGGAUGGAGAAUAGAAUGCUUCAACAGCACAAUCAAAGGUGCUUGGUUGUUGUAGAUCACGUUAUAUCUGAGUAUCAAAGAGGGGUCAACAGUUCUCAUAUCCUUAAUGACAUUGAGAGUGAAGGAGCAAAAAUCUUAAAAAUUCUUGAGACAGCUGCUGAGCCAGAAGUCUUAAUGGCAGAAAUGAGCCCAGAGCAACUAACUUCCUUUGCUACAUAUAAAUCAAAACUUGAGGCAACCAGGCAGUUGGAGAUGGAGAAAUCAAUCGAGAAAGCUUUGGCAGAGGCUGGCUUAAAUGAGCGAGAUGUUGUCCCAUUCAUAAGGGUGAGAGUUGUUGGAUUAACCACUAGGAAAUAUCAUGGAAAGGGAAGACCUAAAGAAGGCAUAAUAACCAUUUGGAAUCCUACAGAAAAGCAGAAAAGCGAGCUGGUUGAGGGGCAGGCAUAUGUCGUUGCUGGGCUUAUACCAAUGAACUCAGAUUCAGAAGCCCUUUAUUUACAAGCCCGAGGAUUUACCUCUAAAUGGCAGCCUUUAUCUCCCAUGGCAACGGAAUGCUUUGAGCCAUUUUUCAGUCAGCGAAAGUCAACGAAAUUGUCAAAUUUAGGUGAAAUUCCUCUUUCCAGUGAGUUUGACAUUGCUGUAUAUGUUGUGUACGUGGGGGAAGUCUAUACGGCUGCUCAUCAAAAGAAACAGUGGGUGUUUGUGACAGAUGAUUCCAUUUCAAAUUUACCGUCAGAAGGAUUAUCAGAUUCUUUGCUUGCCAUCAGCUUUUGCUCAUCAUGCAUUGAUAAGGACUCAUUUGCACCAAUCAACUCUAACCUAGUGGGAUCCAUGGUAGGCUUCUGUAACCUUAUCAAGAAAGCAAAGGAUCAAAUGAAUCAUCUCUGGGUUGCCGAAGCAACAGAAAAUUCUGCAUACUUUUUAAAUUUGAAUCCCUCAAUUUGUUCUCACCUUAGAAUUGCUGGUGCCUCUGUUCAGACAUGGGCAAAGGCAUCUAACUCGAUUAUUGGCAAACUAAGGGAGAAGGUUUUAUUUAUUCUUGACAAUCGUGGAGGCUAAUCUGUCAAACUAGCUGACUUGAUUUGGACCAACUAGCAGCAAGCACGCUUGCACAUCAUAUGGACCCUUAUCGUUUGACAUCAAGACUGAGGUAGCUAUCUCUAUUUGCUGUCACCACUAGUCUUCUCGCAGGUCAACUUUAAUCGUGUCUUUCUUUAACAUCCACUGGGCAGCUGACAUAGUCCUCCAGGAACCUGGAGGCCUGGAGCCAUUAUUUUGAUCAUCCGGACUUUGAAAAGGUACGAAAGCACUUGAAUUUGGUCACAGCACAAUCCUUUUUUCGAGUUCUGGUUGAAGGGACCAAGUUUAGAAAUGACAGAGGGAAACAAAUGUGUGUCACAUAGCUAAGAAUGUAUAUAUUUUGCUAGGCCUUUUAUGUGUAAUUAUGCUGGGGUUUGAGAUAGAUAGGAUCCCCUAGUUUUGUUAUUCUCCUAUAUAUCCAGGCAGCUAAACUAUUGGGAGAUGCCAUUGAUUAAUUUUGCUGUAAGUUGCUAAUAAAAUUUGGGCCCCGCUCAAUCUUGGUCUCUUUAAUCUUUGCUGCCUUGCUUAUGUUCCGGGUCGGAAUUUAUUAGCGAAAGGGCAUGUUAAAAUGAACUUAUUUGUAUAUACUUUACAAAUAUUGUAAUUUUUUCUUAUAGAAAUUAGAUUAAGUAUUUGAUUCAGUCGA